CUUAUGGAAAAAGUACUAAUGCAGAAUAUCAUCUGGAUGACCAAGAUAUUACGGCCAAUCGCAGCAAUGGUGGCAUCGAGCCUGGCGAGGGACCAAAAACCUCCUACCAAAAGCCGCAACCCGCAUUUGUUCCUUAUCCAACACCUUUGACUCCGGAAGAAGUCCUGGGAACAGCACUGGAUAACGAUCCUAAGCAGCUGAAAGCUCCAGCCUAUUACAACAAGUUGUGCUCGAUGAUCAGUGAGAACAGGAUCGACGCCUUCCAGACUUAUGCAGGGAACAAAUCCACCAGCAUUCCCCUGCACAGGUGCAUUUGGCAGAUCGACGUGCUCUGCUCGGAAAUGCGACGAGGAUUGGGAGUGAAAGGCGAAGAGGCUAUGAUGGAUGGAGCUACGACAGGGACGACGUCUCGGACAAUGAGGGGAUUCACGUUGUCAUCGACGACUAGAAUCAAGGUUCUCAAGGCUGGAACCACGACUAGAAUCAAGGUCCUUGAGGCUGGAACCAAGAGAAAAAAUAGAAAUUUUCGUCCACGGUUUGCUUCCUUGUUCUUCAGUUUUGCAUUUUUAAAGCAUUGAGAGGGAUUUCUAUUUUGCAGCGCUAUAAA